AGCAGGACUAGAGAUGGACGAGAACGCAGCAAUCAUGAGUAUUUACGGCGGACCCGAACCGAACGUCACGCAAUGGCCGCCCGACGACAGUGACGAAAUCCCCGCUUCUGCUUACGUCAUCAUGGCCGCGCAGACGAUGACGCUGGCGGUGAUCGAGAUUCUGUCGCUAGUCGGCAACGCCAUCGUCGUCUACAUCAUCGUCAACCACAGCCAGCUGUGGACGGCGACGAACGCCAUCAUCGCGUCGCUGUCCACCAGCGACCUCUUGCGGACGCUGCUGUGCACUACUUUCGCAUUCCCCGUCAUCAUCACUAAACGCUGGUCGCUAGGCAACGGCCUGUGCCUCGCCAAUGGCGCGCUGAAUCUGUUCUUCGGCAUCGCGUCGACGCUGAUGGUGAUGUUGAUCGCUGUCGACAGACUGUGCGUGCUCGUACGAGCGACGGACGUCAACCGCAUGAAGCGAUACGUGUUCGCGCUCGUCGCCACCUGUUGGCUGUUUUCGUUACUAUUCAGCGUCCCGUGGCACGCGAUGUCCGGUCCGCAGCCGAAAUCGUACUACCGCGACGGCCACUACCACUGCAUGUACGUGUUCAGCGCGCACGACUCGUACGAGGGCGUCGCCUACAGCGUUGUUGUCGUCGUCGUCUGCUUUCUGGCGCCGUGCAUCGUCAUGGCGACGUGCUGCGUCGUCAUGUGGCGCACGUUUCGGCGCAACCUCAUACAGGUGCGUCCCGUAGCGCUCAGCACUCGUCUGCUGCGAUUCCAGGGCGAGAUACACACGGCGACGACUGUCCUAGUUAUGAUCAGCGUCUACGUCAGCUGCUGGACGCCGUACUGCGUCAUGACGCUGCUCAGCGUCGUCGUCGGCAUGCCGAUAUCGCCGACGAUGGACAACGUCGCCGCGUGGCUGGCGUGGGCCGACGCAGCCGUCAAUCCGAUCAUCUACGCCGUGAGGAACCCGAACAUGUCCGAACUGAUGAACCUGCCGCGUUGCAGCGCCAAUCUCUACGACGACCGCACGUCGGGGCGCGACGCAGCAGCGAGGACGCCGCCUGACGACGCGGCCGACGACCGCGGCAGAAGCAGCGCCCUCUCGUGGGUGAACGUGACGGCGGAUUACAUUUUCGUGAUGGCGGCGAAUCGUAAGGGAUCCGAUCUAUCAACGACGACGAUAGCGACGACGAUUUAACGCGUCGCUGCUGUUUGCUGCUGUUUUCGUUCUGCUGCUGGCGAUGCCGCGUCUGUCGUCAUCACGAUCAGCUGCGUUUCACAUCUGCUGUUUUUGCGUUGCGGCUUGCGUGGAUCCUUCGGAUCGAAUGCUGUGCACGAAACGUGUCGUUUUACUCGAUUCCGUUUCUUCUUUCCACCUGUUCGCAAUUCCGACGUUUUUGUUUGUCUUUGCGCGCAGUACAUUGCUGCGAGGCCUUCUCGCUAUGAAACGUGAACGUGAACUAUGAAAACGCGAAGCGAUUUUACGAAUAAAUCACGUUAGGCAGUUUUUUCCCUGACGGCAGUCAAGAAACGAUGCCCUAUAAGUUAGACUCGGGCAUUAUAUGAAUUUAUAUAUUUUAUGAAAUGGCAGGUGCCAUCGGAAGCGUGCAUCGCGUUCUAAAGAGCCUGUCAGCGUGCGCGAAUGUAUUUCUCCACCCACAUUCACCACAAAAGCCUAGCAUCACUACGCUAAUGUUAUUACUAUGCAUUUCGUAAGCAGUGUUCCGUCCAUAACCCGCUAAUGCAGUUGCUGAGUUACUUUUUAGAAGAAAUACUUAGCCAUCGUUUUUGUUCGUCGCGGGAUGGUCGUUUUUGUCUCAAAUAAUGCAUAUAGAUGAGUUAGUUGGCCGACAAGUUUACAGUGUUUGACUGAAAUUCAACCUACGUUAACUAACCAACCAAGUCUUUUUUCUUUGUCGUGGUGUGGUCGUAUCUGAAUGUCUAUGAGUUAAUAAUCGCAGAGAGUACCCGUGUUGAUGAUUCUGACUUUACUACAUCCACUUAUAGUGUUUAUAGACAGUGGUUCGAGUGAUUCGGAGAUGCAUACCUGUAAACAAAUGGAAAUUAUUAAGGCGGCCAACCGCCAAUUCCAGUUACCGUUUUACCCACAUUAUAUCAAUUUGUUUUGAAUUAUGACCAUCUGUAAUAGUUCCAGGGAAGUUGACGGACGCAGGUAUAUUUGUCGGUGUACUAUUUUACAAUUGAAAUCACAAGUAGAUUGAUCAUAAAUACUACUACUAC